ACGAUGCUCUUUUUCAGAGACAUACAACACAAGUCCAUAGAGUACAUAGUUCAUACGAAUGAAAGUAAAAAUGAAACAGUUUUCAAAGAAGCUUGGACUGAGUGCAGAAAUAUGAAUUCCUCAUGCUACGACAGAAUACAUUCUCAUUCAAACACGUCUUACGUUUUCAAUGCCGACGAUUCUCCCCCUACCUUCAAUAACGAAACAGAUCUGUGCAAUAAAUCGAAAGUUUGCGCCAAAAACACAACCGCAUGCAAUGGCACAUUUACAAAGGUCGAAUGCAGAUGCACGGCUGAUUAUGUGGACAUCACCUUUUAUAACAACGCUUCCGACUCGUUUUAUGCAUGCACACGGCCAGUUACAUCAACGACUUCAACUACAACGACGUAUACCACAAUGACGUCAACUACCGAUACGACAACAACAUUAUAUGCUUUUGCCAACAGCUCGACUAUAGUUCCACAUGAGUAUCCAACAACUCAAAUGCCAAACAAGACAGACUCACUUCCCAAUACGGUCACAACAUCUGCAGCUACGGUCAAUACAGUCGGUCCAAAAGCGGAAACAACAACACAAUCAAACGUAGAUGUUGGUGUGAAGAAAGACGACAAACCCGAGUCAUCUAGCAACACGUCAUUGAUUGCAACUGGUGCAAGUCUAGGAAUCGUUGUCCUGAUACUGAUUAUCACAAUUAUCGUUGUGUGCAGGUUACGUAGUAAGAAGGCACAAGAUACAGAGCGGGUAAAACUGAGGGAGCUAGAGAAGGGGCGCAGGAACGGUUUCGAUAACUCACUGUUGGGCAGGAACUACCUUGUCUCGGAUUCAAAGCAGAAUUCCGUGGAUGAUUUAAGAGCAACAGACCGUGAAACAGACCGUGACGAUAGGCGGAAUUCCUACUAUGGUGGCCCAUUCAAGCCAAUCGAACCAACAUACACCAGACCGUUCAAAUCGGCCGAACCCAAGCCGAUCUGGGACCGUCACGGCCAUGUGCCAGGUUUAAAAGGUCGCACUGGAUCCCUGCCUGAUAUAAACGACCAUGUCGACAUGAGAAUUGCACCGGAGACCAGGCGAAUGUCGCAGCCAAGACAUUCCGAUCCACUUUACUCGUCUCCGAGAAAGGAUAAAGACCCGCCACCAACGCAGAAACCCGUUGAUAAUUACAGGCAAAACAUGGUUCGAGUGUUUCCGGAAUCUGGCGAGCGAUUGCCGAGAGCAAAAACCAAUCAAUUCCCGAGAAAAAACGCAAGCGGACGGAUUUCUCCGGAACCCGAUUAUUAUGACGACCCGCCACUGUCACCAAAGCCUGAUUAUAAUGGAAGAAAGUCACUUGACCGUGUGGAUGCAUCACGCGACAGUGGUUUGAAUGGCUUUUCGCGCAGCAGCGGAAGUCCAGAAGUUCAGAGGUCACGUGAGAGCUUUGGUUACGGAAGUUUAGGGCGUGGUCGAUACCGCAUGGAAGAUACACCUUUUUGAGCAUGUAUUAAUCACAUGACGUUAACCCAAUUGAAUAUGUUUAUUUGUUUUUAUUAUUUUCCGUUUUGAAUACACGUAUCUAUGGAAACACACACUUUACCAUGCAUUUAGGGACUUUAAGUUAGUUUCUUCUGCUUACGCAACUUGCGUUUCAGUUUGUUUAUAUUUAAAAGCUUUCAAUGUACAAGUAUGCAAGCAAUCAAUACGCACAAUUUUAGAUGUUAUUACUACAUCACUGGAUGCUGAAAGUUCAGACAUCUUUAAUGGUUCAUCUAGUUUUAAACCAAAAAGCUACGCUGCUGGAGAGUCCUUAUUAGACACUAUAGUUUUCUUCGUUGAAAUGUGUGUUUUGCUUUUUGCAAUCAUAUAAAACAUGUAAUUCUCAACAAUAUCAUUAUUAUUAGUAGUAUGCCUAUUUUGAACGGAUAAGGAGCUUCAUCAGGUUUUAUGUUUGCUGUUCAUAUACAUUUUCUAGGAUAACGUGAUUAUAAAUGUAAUAAUUUACAAAAUUUACAUAGCGUCUGCCUAUUAAAUCAUGGUGGUCAUCAAAAGAGUUAUCAAUAUACCAUUACAUUACGUGUGAGUUACUGGAAAGUGUGUGCAGUCUACUGAGCAAAAACUCUACACGAAUACAAUGAAUUAUAAAUGAUACAAGUCGAUAAAUUCGCACUUAAACAUUUUUAAUUGAUUUUACAUAUGAUCAACAAAUGAGUAAAACUAUUACCAUUGCUGACAUUUCAUGUAUACAUUUUGUUGAAAUUAUUUAGUAAUUGCCACUUUUGCCUGAAGAGUAAAUUAAUAAUUGUUUAUGAUUCAUGCAAUAACGACAUCUUAAUGUACUUUGGAUUGUUUUACCAUUGUCUAGGGUAUUAUCGAAUAAUCUUCUGCUAACAAACCAAAUGUUAAAUAUUAGAUAGGCUUAAAUUUAACAGUUAAAGCAAUAAAAUGGACUGACCAAUUUUGCAUAUUUACGAAGUGACUUAGAUGAAGUUAAUAUAAUAUUCUGGCAAAGGAGUUGUACUAAGUGAAAAUACAAUAAUUGACUUGACUUUUGACUACUGACGCAUCAUCAGUUAUUGCAACCUUACCAUAAAUAAUAAAAGCCAUCAUUUAAUCAUCACAUUUUGGUUUUGCUUUGUUUUUACAAUUGAUUUGUACAAUAGUAUCACAUUAUUUAGUUUUAUAAGCUAUUUGUAUACUUUCUGGACUGCUGCCAUAAAGGGACGUGCUCACAGAUCUCCAUUAUUUUGAAAAAAUCUCAUUUAAUUGUGUUUAAUAACAUACUUAUAGAAUGCGGAAUAGUUACUAAUAAUGUCACUUUAUGCGUUUUGUAGUUUUUAUAUCGGAAAUAUCGGUGAGAUGAAAACGAUAUUGCACUGCUUCAACCGUUGGAUAAUAACAUUGAACAUUAUCAAUAAUUUACUGUGAAAGGAUGACCUUUUCGAGACGUAAUUAAUUAUACGGCACUUUCCAGUUUCCUAUAUUAAAUGCUAAUAAACGUCGGACGACACUAGAUAAACAGUUCAUGAGUGCGUUCAUCUUGGUGGAUCGUAAAUUUAAAUUCACUCGUGAUAAAAAAAAUAUUUAUAUAAGAGCAGAACAACUUACAUUCACCAUGAUUCGAACUAAGGACCUUUGGAGGCAAACGCUAACUUUCUAACACUGGAUCACUGAGGUCUUUGAUAAAACAGACAAUUUUGUGAGUAAUGCAUUUAUUUUGAAAUCAUCGACAAAACGCAUUACAUAAGCUUUAUAAUUUUUCAAAUUUCGAUUCAUAAUUAUAAAAAUCGAUCGAUAUUAUUUAACGUUUUCGCAUUCUAUAGUGUUAUCGUGCCUUUAUAAAUAUAUUGCUAACAUUCAUUGAUCAAUCUAUUAGUUUUAAUUGGAAAAUGAUACCGUUUCCAAAUUGUGAACACAUCCCUUUUAUCCGGUAUUCGUACCAACUACACUGCAUAUAACAGUAGAAGUUUACAUUAUAUUUGUCGUAGUGUGUGCAUAAACUGCCAUUAUUUUAUCAUAUUCGAUGUUAACAUUAAUGUAACCCUUCACUGCACACCAAGCAACUGUAUAACUCCAUGUAACAAUCGCCAUUGUUUGCAUUCAGUUGCUGAUCUAGCGAAAUUCCCUCCUACUGUGUAUACUUGUAAUUGGCCAUUUGUUCAAUGAGGUUGAAUGCUGGGAAUUUUAGCAUAAUACAAUAUAAUGUCGUUUAAGAGCUGUUGAUAGAGCAGUACGCUUCAUAAUCAUUAAACUAUUUGUGUAAAAUG